AUGUUUGUGGAAGAGGUGAAAGAGGGCGGAGCGAAGGGUAACUUCUUGACCGCCUGGUCUCGACGUAACAUCGAUCAGGACCUGUACUUCUUCCUCGAGAAGAACUGGAAGAAUCACAAAUACCCGCUCAGACUACUCGACCCACCACUACCCACCUGGAGUCACGAGGUGGCCCGCAAUUGGACCAGGUACUCAAAGUACGGCACGUUUGCCCGCAGUGACCAUGCUAGUUUCUGGUAUCCCAUCGACAGGGAUAAGACGUUUAACGCUGUCUUAUUGAGUGAUCUAGGUCCCUGGCGUAAGGAUAUGGUGUUUCACUACCACCGGCCCAGCGAUGACACGCGUUGGCUCCGGAAGGAGAACUUGGAGUUCAUGAAGAAUACUGUGGACAGUCUGGUGGCCACACUCAUCGACUUAGGGGAGGGGAAGUGUUGGAUGAAAAAGCAUUGA